AUGGUGGAGCGCAGUAUCGGUACAGCACAAGAACCGGCUUUAACAGAGCAGUAUCAAGAUGCAUUUGGGAGGGAGGGCUCGGUCCUGACCCAGCGCUUCUUGACCCAACUUACACUGGUCCCGAUUCUGGAACUCGCUGGUCCUGGCCCUAUCCACUCUGGUCCUGCUGGCUGGCCCUAUCCACUCUGGUCCUGGAUCCACUCUGGUCCUCCUAUCCACUGGCCCUAUCCACUCUGGUCCUGGCCCUAUCCACUCUGGUCCUGGCUGGUCCUAUCCACUAUCCACUCUGGUCCUGGUCCACCCUGGCCCUAUCCACUCUGGUCCUGGCCCUAUCCACUCUGUCCUGGCACUCUGGUCCUAUCUUGGUGCCCUAUCCACUCUGGUCCUGGCCCUAUCCACUCUAGCCCCGGUCCUAUCCACUCUGGUCCUGGCCCUAUCCACUCUGGUCCUGGCCCCAUCCACUCUGGUCCUGGCCCUAUCCACUCUGGUCCUGGCCCUAUCCACUCUGGUCCUGGCCCUAUCCACUCUGGUCCUGGCCCUAUCCACUCUGGUCCUGGCCCCAUCCACUCUGGUCCUGGCCCUAUCCACUCCGCUCCUGGCCCUAUCCACUCUGGUCCUGGCCCUAUCCAAUCUGGCCCUGGCCCUAUCCACUCCGCUCCUGGCCCUAUCCUAGUCCUAUUUCUACCCACUCUGGCUCCGGUGUUAUCCGGGCUGGUCUUACCAAUGUCUUACCCGGUCCUAUUCACCCUGGUCCCGCUCCUAUCCACAGUGGUUCUGGCCCUAUCCAAUCUGGUCCUGGUCCUAUCCACUCUAUACCUGGCAUUGUCCAUCCUGAUCCCGCUCCUAUCCACAGUGGUCCAGGCGCUAUCCACUCAGGUUCAGUCCCUAUCCAGGCUGGUCCUGGUUCUAUCCACCCCGACGUUGGUCCCGGCCCUAUCUACUCUGGCCCUGGUCCUAUCCUCUCCGAUAACGACGUAG